AUGACUCUUAUCAAAUCUAUUUCAUUGUUAGGUAACACAUUCUCUGGUUUGGACAAGAACACCACUUCAGAUAUCGCUGUUUCCACUGGAAAUUCUUCUAUUGAUUCCGAAAACCAAGAGCAAUGUUUUGGUUGGGGCAGAAGAAGAAGAGCUACCACUGUUAUCUUUGGUGAUGUCAAUGUCUUUAAUGGUGGUUGUGGUGGAUUUGGAAGUUGCGGAGAACCAGUACAAAGUAUUAGUAGUAGUAAUAGUAGCAGUGAUAAUUAUGAAUAUACAUUCACAGCAAAUAUCGAUCCAACAACCACUUUCAGUGAGUGUUCCUUCAAGAACAACACAUCGAAUUUCACCACAUGUCAAAAUAUAGAAAAUGCAAAACAAGCAUUCGAAACAGUGUUACAAGUUAUUUUAGCACAACAACAGAAACAACAACAGCAACGACCUCCAGUAUACAACACCAGAGAUUUCGAUUACUCAUCGCCAUCAUCAUCCAAUGAUAUGGCAAAUCUAAAGGAGAAUUCUCUGUUAAUUUUGAAAAUGGUUGCCAACACCUAUCAAGCGACUGGCAACACCAAUAUCGAUUUUUUCGGGCUGAACGUGCUCAUCACCAAAGACGGUGGCAAUCGCUAUAGCAUCGAUAUGACAGGAGCGGCGACAGCGCUGUUUACAGUGGAUGGCAAUCAAUACGACGAGCGAUUGCCACGGACAUCGAUCGUCUUUGAAAAUGCCAACAUCGUAAAUUGUAACAUUAUUAAAAAGCCAAUGGGCAACCGUGCCGCUCUCUUUAUGGUCAAGUCACCCAACACCAAACUCCACAUAAACAACUGUCAAAUGGAUAGAAUCGAGUUGACACCGCCAUUCUCUGAUAUCUUUUAUUUCGAAAUGCCAUGGUCGACCUCGGCAGCCAUGCUGACGCCCUACAACCUCACCAUCACCAACUCACUGGUUUCCGGCACCACCGGAUCCGGUAAUCUCGUGUACGCACUGUCAGGUCUACACUUGAACAUCGACAAGACCAAUGUCCGCUCCAAUCUCUUCCAAACUGGAAUUGUUCACCGCGACGGAUCCGCCUCGAUCUCGUCGUCAAACUUCCAAGGAAAUCGCGCCAUCGAAAAAUCGUUGCUCAGUUUCACGCGAAGCUCAGUUGCCGUCGUCGACUCUACGUUUAGCGAAACGACCAUCGACAGCAACCAAGUACUGGUAAAGUCGCUGUUCCAGCUCGUCGAUUGCGUAGCACCGGCCAUCUCCAGUUCCUCCUUUAAGAACAACAAUUACCUCUCACAGAUCGCAGCGAUCAACACCUCGUUGACACUGACCGACAACCACUUCCAGGACAACAACUACGCCACCUACGGUUCGGCAAUCUUUAUCAAGCCCUAUCUCGAUGAGAUCGAGUGGAACACUGGACAGGCGCCGAGCCAGCUCAACUCUGAGCUCGAAAAGCAACGUCACGAGCAAGCGUUGGCCAUUCGCGAAGCCGACUCGCUCGUCUCCAUCAACAAAGUGGUGAUCCAUAACAACACAUUCAUUGGAAACUCUGCGAACUUUGGUGGUGCCAUCUACUCGAACAACGUCGAGAGCAUCGAGAUGACACACUGUCGUUUCCACGAUAACAACGCAGGUUUCUCUGGCUUUUCGAUCUACUCAAAGAACGUCACCAACCUGGCGAUCUCCAACUCCAACUUUAGUAGCAGUGCUACCGACAACAGUCAGAAGCCAAUCACCUGUUACCAAGGUGGAUCGCUACAGUUUUCAAACAUCACCUUCAAUAACAUCGCCUAUUCAAACUCGUUCGAUUGCAGCCAGGACGGUUGCAAUAUCUACUCCAACUCUGACACUCACUGCUCAUCAUCCUCCCAUUCACAUCACUCAAUAACAUCAAGCUUAGUUGCUUGUUUAUUUGUUUUAUCAUUUAUAUUCAUUUUAUCAUAA